AUGCUCUCCGCUACCUCUGUGGCCUUGCGCGCCGGCGCGAGGCGAGCCGGCCCUCGGGCGUCUGCCGCCGCUGCUGCUGCGACCAAGAUUCGAUGCCCCAACCUCACCACCUACCGCGCCCUCUCCCAGUCCCGCGCCGCCGCCGCGCCGCCCGCCCGCGACCGCACCCGCGAGAUUGUCGCCCAGACCGUGUCCAGCAUCGGCUCCAAGCGCGAGGGCCAGCAGUACCUCAAGCUCUUCACCUCGGUCUCGUCCCAAAAGUUUGCCGUCAUCAAGGUCGGCGGCGCCAUCCUCACCGAGUACCUCGACGAGCUCUGCCGCUCCAUGCUCUUCCUCUACGAGCUCGGCCUCUACCCCGUCAUUGUCCACGGCGCCGGCCCCCAGCUCAACCGCCUGCUCGAGGAGGCCGGCGUCGAGCCCCAGUUCGAGGAGGGCAUCCGCGUGACGGACGCCAAGACGCUCGGCGUCGCCCGCAAGCUCUUCCUCGAGGAGAACCUCAAGCUCAUCGACCGUCUCGACGAGCUCGGCGUCGCCACCCGAUCCAUCUCGGGCGUCUUCAUGGCCGACUACCUCGACAAGGAAAAGUGGCAGUACGUCGGCAAGAUUACAAAGAUCAACAAGGAGGCCAUUGAAAAGUCCAUCGAGGCCGGCUACAUCCCGGUCCUGACGUCCAUGGCCGAGUCUGAGGACGGUCAUCUGCUCAACGUCAAUGCCGAUGUCGCUGCUGCGGAGCUUGCCCGAGCUCUCGAGCCCCUCAAGGUCGUCUACCUGUCCGAGAAGGGCGGUCUCUUUGACGGCGAGGGCGACAAGAUCUCGCACAUCAACCUCGACGAAGAGUUUGACCACCUCAUGUCCCAGCCCUGGUGCCGCUACGGCACUCGUCUCAAGAUCAAGGAGAUCAAGGAGCUGCUCGACACUCUCCCCCGCACCUCCAGCGUCGCCAUCAUCCACCCUAGCGACCUGCAAAAAGAGCUCUUUACCGACUCUGGCGCUGGUACUCUGAUCCGCCGCGGCGACAAGAUUCAAACCGCCAGCUCCGUCUCCGAGUUUGAGGACAUUGAUAAGAUCAAGGCCACUCUCAUCCGGGACCGCGAGGGCCUCGACUCAGAUGCCACCGUCGACCGCUUCCUCGACUUCCUCAAGGAAAACACCUUCAAGGCCUACUUUGACGAUGCCCUGCAGUGCCUGGCCAUUGUCGUCCCCGGCGACGAGGGCACCGUACCCACCCUGGCCACGCUCAACAUCACCAAGUCGGGCUGGCUGACCAACGUCGCCGAGAACGUCUUUGCGGCCGUCAAGAAGGACCACCCGCAGCUGGUCUGGACCGUCAGCGAAAAUGACGAGAACCUGACCUGGUUCUUUGAAAAGGCCGACGGCAGUUUCAGCCACAAUGGCAGCGUGCUCUUCUACUACGGCUGCGACCUCCGCUCCUCCGCCCUCUCACCCGUCUACGACGAGUUUGUCUCCCACGGCCGCGCCAUGCUCGGUGACACCAACCUCGAAUCCCGUCUGCGCCGGGCCGCCCAGACGGCCAGCGAGAACCUGAACCGCUCCCACGUCGCUCAGCAGGCGCGCGGCUUCUCCACAUCCCGCACCGCCAUCGGUCCCCGGACGCCCAACAUGUCGCCCAUGCAGCAGCAGCGCCGCGGGUACGCGACCACCACCAACCCCAACCCGCCUCUGGGCAAGAAGAAUGCCACCAACUCGGUCCCGGCGCGCGUCGCCCUUAUUGGUGCCCGCGGCUACACCGGCCAAGCGCUCAUCGAUCUCCUUAGCGCCCACCCCAACAUGGACCUGCGCCACGUCUCGUCCCGCGAGCUGAACGGCCAGGAGCUGCAAGGAUACGAGAAGCGCAAAAUCAUCUACGAGAACCUGUCGGCCGAGGACUGCGGCAAGCUGGAGAAGGAGGGAAAGAUUGACUGCUGGGUCAUGGCGCUGCCCAACGGCGUCUGCAAGCCCUUUGUGGACGCCAUUGACGCCGCCAGCAACGGACGAUCGGCCACCGACAAGAGCGUCAUUGUCGACCUGUCGGCCGACUACCGCUUCGACAGCAAGUGGACCUACGGUCUGCCGGAGCUGGUGCGCCGCUCCGAGAUUUCGCAGGCCAAGCGCAUCGCCAACCCGGGCUGCUACGCCACGGCCGGGCAGGUCGGUAUCUCGCCCAUCCUGGAGCACCUGGGCGGGCAGCCGACGCUAUUUGGCGUCUCUGGCUACUCGGGCGCGGGCACCAAGCCGUCGCCCAAGAACGACAUCAACGAGCUCCGUGACAACCUGAUGCCGUACAGCCUGACGGGCCACGUCCACGAGCGCGAAAUGGGCAGCCAGCUGGGCACGCCCGUGUCCUUUAUCCCGCACGUCGCCUCGUGGUUCCGCGGCAUCCACCACACCAUCAACAUCCCGCUCAACAAGACCAUGUCGUCGCGUGACAUUCGCCAGAUCUACCAGGAGCGCUACGCCGGCGAGAAGCUGAUCAAGGUUGUGGGCGAGGCGCCCCUGGUGCGCGACAUUAUGAACAAGCACGGCGUGGAGGUUGGUGGCUUCGCCGUGGACAGCACGGGCAAGCGCGUGGUUGUGUGCGCGAGUAUCGACAACCUCCUCAAGGGUGCUGCCACCCAGUGCCUGCAAAAUAUGAACCUGGCUCUUGGCUAUGCCGAGUUUGAAGGCAUUCCCACCAUGUAA